AACCACAGAUUAUCAUUUUUUUUCCAACAGUGCUGAUGGAAACUACGAGGUCCGAUAUAAGUCUAAUGUUCUUAUCUAUCCAAAUGGACUGGUGAUGUGGGUACCUCCCGCCAUUUAUCAGAGCUCGUGCACCAUUGAUGUGACAUAUUUCCCUUUCGAUCAGCAGAAAUGCGUUAUGAAAUUUGGAUCUUGGACGUUCAAUGGCGACGAAGUAUCUUUAAAACUGGAUAGCGAUAACAGAUGGGUAGAUCUUUCUGCAUAUUGGAAGAGCGGUACAUGGGACAUUGUCGAGGUACCGGCAUUCCUGAAUACGUACAAUAAUAGCAGAGAGGGCAAACCUACUGAAACAGACAUCUCUUUCUACAUAACAAUUCGUCGAAAAACACUCUUCUACACAGUGAAUCUGAUUCUUCCCACUUUUUCCAUAUCUUUUCUCUGUAUUCUUGUAUUCUAUCUUCCGGCAGAAGCUGGAGAAAAAGUGACUCUUGGAAUAUCGAUUCUACUCUCUUUAGUAGUGUUCUUGUUGCUAGUGUCGAAAAUAUUACCUCCUACGUCUCUCGUUCUUCCUUUGAUUGCCAAGUACCUGCUCUUCACAUUUUUAAUGAAUACCGGUUCAAUCCUGGUAACAGUAAUAAUUAUCAACUGGAACUUCCGAGGACCACGGACUCAUCGAAUGCCCAACUGGAUUCGAGUGGCAUUUUUAAAAUACUUGCCUAUUAUUCUGUUUAUGAGGAGGCCAAAGAAAACUAGGUUGAGAUGGAUGAUGGAGAUGCCAGGUUACGGAACGCACCAUUUGUACCAUAGCUCACCGGAAGGUAAGCCGUAUAACACGAGAAACAAAUCAGAAUUUAUGGAGCUAGCUGACAUUCACCACCCUAACUGUACGGCGGCAAGAAAACCCUCUCCAGAACCGGAAGUUCAGCUGUUGGACACAGAGGCGCAAGACACCUUGUUCCUAUCGCCCAAAGCUUAUAGAGCAACUGAAGCUAUUGAAUUUAUUGCUGAACAUUUACGCAGUGAAGACGAGUACAUACAGAUCCGGGAAGACUGGAAAUUCGUUGCUAUGGUAAUAGACCGUCUUCAGUUGUACAUAUUCUUUGCCGUGACAACAGCCGGAACUAUAGGCAUACUCCUGGAUGCACCCCACAUUUUUCAGUACGUAGAUCAAGACAAGAUAAUUGAAAUGCACAAAGGAAAACCAACAUGAGAUGCAAAGUCUACGCGCAUUCAAGACCGCUAGCUAAAUAUGUAUGAGAGUCGAUUUUUUUCAACGCUGGGAGGUUAUGCGUUCAUGUCAGUCAUUAUUUUCCGUUGCACGAGGAAGUGUAGCUAACGCCAACAUCGCUGUGGGAUAUAUAUACUGCAAUAUGCAGAGCUUAAUAAAAAUCGGUUAUAACGGAUACAGUUUAUACCAGCAGCAGACAAUCCGUGAUCUUCGUUCCUAGUUCCGAAGGAAACCAUGUAAUUACCUGUAAUUCAUUUUUCCGUAGCUACACGUGAUGAGUGUCAAAACGUUAUGUAUCCAGCCAAAUCCCACGUGACCUAAAAUAUUUAUGAAGAGCGUAAAUAAGAUAUUGCAUAACUUCCACCAUUUUACGCACUAUGACAGUUUAUGCAAUGCAAUAUCACUCACUCAUUGAAACAAAUUCUACAAAUAUGGCAUCCUUAAACUAUUGAAAUUGGUGUGCGCACCAACGCUAAAAGAAUAUUUAAAACAUCGAAAUCAACCUUAUUAUUCGGUAAAAUUUAACUCCACUUCUUUGUUGGAAGUAGUCUGGCAUACCAUAGGAUAUCAAGACUUCGAAAACCAGAAACUCCCGCCCACACAUGUUCAGAAGAGGUCUUACAAUGAAAAAUCCACUACUCAACAUGUAUAGAAUCUUCGUUUAGAAUAGCUUCUUGAUGAUGUCUUUUUCUUCUGAUUUCUUAAAGCUCAAUGAGACAGUUCUAUCUCUUCAGAAGUACGUGAGAUGAUGUGUUUCCAUGAGUGUAUUUUUUAUGUCCUGUAGUAUAAAGAGUGGUGUUGCUUCAGAGAAAUCUGUGUACUAAUCCCACUCCUUGCACGAUAUGAUUUUUUUCUUUUUAAGCAUGUAGUUUGUAACUUAAGUUAACUGUAAAAUAUGAAAUCGAGUUGAAAUGUAGAAAGAUUAGCACUUGGAGCUGUACAGAACAAAGUAAACAGCUAACAAGACUCUUAGUAAUAAGGGCGAAGACAGUUUAACAAUGAUAUGAAUAAAGUGAAUCAAAAUACCAGUUUAUUUAUAACAGAGUUUCCUGACUUCAUUUUCAACACUCGAAACAGAUUUUAUAAGAAAGGUACUUCUGCUCUUUUUUUUUCUAAACUGCUUGUGUUUCUAAAACUUUUUUCGUUAAGUAUAUAAUAAUAAUAUUAUACCAUUAACUAACGCUGUAGAAAUAUAAUUAAGCUAUCUUCUUUACUUCUAUAAUGUAAGAUUAUAAAUGACUCAAAAACUAUAAAGCUCCGGAAUUCACUAUUACGGUUUGCAAGGUCUUCUUUUUUCUGGUGCAAUCUUUUACGCUUAUAUUUAAAAUAUUUGAAUAUUUACUUUGAAACAAUGUUGAAGAUGUGAUAUUUUGGGGGUUGGAUUUUCUAUCUUUUUUUUUUUUUUCCAAGAAACAGAAUUUGAUCGAGCUGUGGAUGUUGUGUGUGGUUGAGUUAACAAUGCGGAACUGUGUGGUCUAAGACUUGAAUCUGUUUCAAGUAAAGAUUUAAUCAAUCUGAAUAAAUGGGCUGAAGUUAUCUCACGGUUGACAAAUAUUAAUACGAUAUAGUGAUGGAAGUUUGAAGCUUCGUAUAUCAGUGUACCUUUGUAUAGUAAAAUAUAAAAUAAAACUAUCGUUGACUAUUUGAGUAAUAAAAGAAUGCAAUAAAGAUGGCCAGUUUAAUUCUUGUGAA